AUGAAAAAAUGGACGAAUACUCCGAAAAGAAAAGAGGCAACUUGUGAAACUCAACUUGAGCUUGAAAAUGAGCUUAAGAAAAUCAAAGUGAGUCUCACCUCUGAGCUAGAUAAGAAUAGACACCUACAGGAGGAUUUAAAGAAGGUUAAAGUUGAACUUGAUAAGUCACUUCAUUGGACCUGGUACUUUAAUGAAAUUGCCUCUAUGUACAAGAGUGAUUCUCUGAUGAAAUUGCCUCUAUGUACAAGAGUGAUGGUGGUGGCAGGCAAGGGAUUGGCUAAAGUGAGAGGAGGUAGCCAAAAAUGGUACAUAGAUAGUGAUUGCUCGAAGCAUAUGACUGGAAGAAUGGAUGAUUUCCUCUCACUCAAUGCCUUCCAAGGUGGGAGUGUGUCUUUUGGAAAUGAUAAGAAAGGACAUAUUCUUGGCAUUGGCAAAAUUGGCAAGACACUCUCCCAUGCGAUUGAAAAUGUUUAUUAUGUAAAUGUCGAAUCUCCAAAAGACACAGAGGAACCUGGUCCCUCCAUUAUUCCGCUUAAAGCUGAACAUCGAGUAGCUGAUGCUGUUAAAGCUGAACAUCAGAUGGCUGAUGCUGUUUCAGGCACUUCUGAGGAUGAUCAAAGAAGCAGAAUUCAUGCCUCUAUAGAUGUCAGUGAUGGAUCAAACACGGAGGGACCUGGUCUCUUAAACCCUGAAGUCCAGCUAUCCAAUUAA